CUGUGAGGUCAGGCGUGAUCCCACAAAAAAUGCACACAGUACUUUUGGCCCCAGCUAGGACGUUUCUGGAGAGCCUGGGAGAGUUCAGGCUACCCUAACAAACACUCUCAGGCCAUUCAGGGAUGGGGAAAGCAAGCAGGGGAGGAGGCCACCCAGUUGGCUCUGGAGUCAGCAGGCCUUGCUGUGUUUGUAUUGUGUUGCUUGGGGCGUACAUUAUAAAUGCAGCCAGUCCAGGGGCUCCUGGACUCAGAACCCCAGACUGUACCAGUUCCAAAAGGCUGCGCAAGCCUCGCCGAGAUGAAGCUGCCGGGCCAGGAGGAGUUUGAUGUCUACAGUGCUCAGGAAAAUGUGCCCACAGGAGAGCCGGACAGCGGCCCAGGCUCUGGCCCCAGCCCGGAUGGCUCCUCAGACACUGGGGUACCCAAGGAUCCUCUGCUCUUCAUUCAGCUGAAUGAGCUGCUGGGCUGGCCCCAGGCGCUAGAGUGGAGAGAGACAGGCAGGUGGGUGCUGUUUGAAGAGAAGCUGGAGAUGGGUGGGGGCCGGUGGAGUGCCCCCCAUGUGCCCACCCUGGCGCUGCCCAGCCUGCAGAAGCUCCGCAGCCUUCUCAUGGAGGGCCUUGUCCUGCUGGACUGCCCGGCUCAGAGCCUCCUGGAGCUCGUGGAGCAGGUGACCAGAGUGGAGUCGCUGAGCCCGGAGCUGAGAGGGCAGCUGCAGUCCUUGUUGCUGCAGAGACCCCAGCACCUCAUCCAGACCACAAGCACCAGGCCCUGCUGGGGGUCUGCCCGUCCAAGACAGUCUCCCCGCGAUGAGGAAGCCCCCCUGAAGGAGCAGCGUCUGAACUCCCUGAGACAGAAGCUGCCUCCAGGAGCCGAGGCCGGGGCUGUGCUGGCAGGCGAGCUGGGCUUCCUGGCACAGCCCCUGGGGGCCUUUGUGCGACUGCGGGAGCCAGUGGUGCUGGGGCCCAUUACUGAGGUGCCCCUCCCCAGCAGGUUUUUCUGCCUCCUCCUCGGGCCCCCCACACUGGGAAGGAGCUACCAUGAAAUGGGCCGGGCGAUGGCGGUCCUCCUCAGUGACCCGCAAUUCCAGUGGUCAGUUCGACGGGCCUGCAACCUUUAUGACCUUCUGGCAGCCCUGGAUGCCUUCCUAGAGGAGGUGACAGUGCUCCCCCCAGGCCGGUGGGACCCCACAGCCCGGAUCCCCCCGCCUAAAUGUCUGCCCUCUCAACACAAAAGGGUCCCCUCGCAAAUGCAGGAGGUCAAGGGCCCCUCUGCCCGGCGUGGGUCUCCGGCCGAGGACAGGCACGGCCACCCGCCGCAGGCACCCAGCCCGGAGUUGCAGCGGAUGGGCAGGCUGUUUGGGGGCCUUGUCCAGGACGUCCGGAGGAAGGCCUUGUGGUACCCCAGUGACUUCUUGGACGCCCUGCACCCUCAGUGCUUCUCCGCUGUGCUCUACAUUUACCUGGCCACCAUCACUAACGCCAUCACUUUUGGGGGGCUGCUGGGAGAAGCCACCGAUGGUGCUCAGGGGGUGCUGGAAAGUUUCCUGGGCACAGCGGUGGCAGGAGCUGCCUUCUGCCUGAUGGCCGGCCAGCCCCUCACCAUCCUCAGCAGCACGGGGCCAGUGCUGGUCUUUGAACGCCUGCUCUUCUCCUUCAGCAGAGAUUACAGCCUGGACUACCUGCCCUUCCGCCUAUGGGUGGGCAUUUGGGUGGCCACCUUUUGCCUGGUGUUGGUGGCCACAGAGGCCAGUGUGCUGGUGCGCUACUUUACUCGAUUCACCGAGGAAGGCUUCUGUGCCCUCAUCAGCCUCAUCUUCAUCUAUGAUGCCGUGGGCAAAAUGCUGAGCUUGACCCGUGCCUAUCCCAUCCAGAGGCCUGGCUCUCCCGCCUACGGCUGCUUCUGCCAGUACCCAGACCCUGGAGGAAAUGAGUCUCAGUGGACAAGGACAAAGCCAAAAGACACAGACGACCUCUUAAGCACGGACCCAGGCCUGGUCAAUGCGUCCUUGCUGCCCCCACCUGAGUGUGUCCGGCAGGGAGGCCACCCUCGUGGCCCUGGCUGCCAUACCGUCCCAGACAUCGCCUUCUUCUCCCUCCUCCUCUUCCUUGCCUCCUUCCUUUUUGCCAUGGCCUUCAAGCAUGUCAAGACAAGCCGCUUCUUCCCAUCUGUGGUGCGCAAGGUACUCAGCGACUUCUCCUCAGUCCUGGCCAUCCUGCUGGGCUGUGGCCUUGAUGCCUUCCUGGGCCUAGCCACGCCAAAGCUCACGGUGCCCAGAGAGUUCAAGCCCACACUACCUGGGCGUGACUGGCUGGUGUCACCUUUUGGAACCAACCCCUGGUGGCUGAGUGUGGCAGCCGCUCUGCCUGCCCUGCUGCUGUCUAUUCUCAUCUUCAUGGACCAGCAGAUCACAGCGGUCAUUCUCAAUCGUGCCGAAUAUAGACUGCGGAAGGGAGCUGGCUUCCACCUGGACCUCUUCUGUGUGGCUUUGCUAAUGCUGCUCACAUCAGCGCUUGGGCUUCCCUGGUAUGUCUCAGCCACUGUCAUUUCCCUGGCCCACAUGGACAGCCUUCGGAGAGAGAGCAGAGCCUGUGCUCUGGGGGAGCCCCCCCGCUUCCUGGGCAUCAGGGAGCAGAGGCUGACAGGCCUGGUGGUGUUUAUCCUUACAGGAAUCUCCAUCUUCCUGGCACCUAUACUCAAGUUCAUCCCAAUGCCUGUGCUCUAUGGCAUCUUCCUGUACAUGGGGGUGGCAGCAAUUAGCAGCAUUCAGUUCACCAAGAGGGUGCAGCUUUUAUUGAUGCCAGCAAAACACCAGCCAGACCUCCUGCUUUUGAGGCAUGUGCCUCUGAGCAGGGUCCACCUCUUCACAGCCAUCCAGCUUGCCUGCCUGGGUCUGCUUUGGAUAAUCAAGUCUACACCUGCAGCCAUCAUCUUUCCCAUCAUGUUGCUGGGCCUGGUGGGGGUCCGAAAGGCACUGGAGUGGGUCUUCUCACCACAAGAACUUCUCUGGCUUGAUGAGCUGAUGCCAGGGAAGGAAAGGAGCACCCCUGAGAAGGGGCUGGAGCCAGAGUACUCGUUCAGUGGAAGUGACAGUGAAGAUUCAGAGCUGAUGUAUCAACCAAAAGCUCCGGAAAUCAAUAUCUCUGUGAAUUAGCUGGAGUAGGAAUCUGGGAGUGGAGACUCCAGGAAACUGAGCAUGAGGUGAGGGUGUGAGGGAAGUCCCCUUGGUGUCAAGAAUGAGAAUGGGGGUGGGAAUGAGAGCUCAGACCAAAGAAACCUCCAGUGUGUUGACUAGCCCUGUUUCCUCUUCAUGCUCCAAUCGCUCAUGAACCCCAGAGUCCAGAAGUGGGUAGACGGAAGGAAAAACAAAUGAGGUUACCUGGGCUUGGCUCCCUGCGGCCACUGAAGUAUGGCCAGUAGAGGGAGCUCAAGCUCACACCAAACUGGAUGUGGGGUUGGGAGGUGGGGAAGGGAGGGGUGCAAUGUCAGAAGAAUGGAAAGGAGAGGGGAGGAGAAAAGGGAGGAUAAAGUUCCCUGAAACUUUCCUUUGCCUUUGGAGGUUCUUUCCUAGGCUCCUGAGAACCCACACUUCAGACAAGUGGAAGGAUUCUAUCACUUGCCCUCUCUGCCAUUCCUUCAUUAUAGUCAUCCAUUAUCAAAAUAUUUUCUGCCCUGGCCAGGUAGCUCAAUUGGUUACAACAGCAUCCCAACCCUAUGCAAAGGUUGCAGGUUUGCUCUCUGGUCAAGACACACAUGGGAAGCAACCAAUGAAUGAAUAAAUAAGUAGAACAACAAAUCUCUCUCUCAAGUCAAAUUGAGAAAAACACACCCCACAACAUUUUCUGAGUACCUAUGGAGUAUCUAGGUGCUAGAGAUACAGUAGUUAAGACAAUCAUGGUUCAUAACCUCAGGAAGUUAAAAUCCCAGCAGGAAAGACAAACAGGUAACUGUUAGAGUGGGAUAGUGCUGGGUGAGGGAAAGCAAGGGCGGUGUGAGCAGAGGCCUCUACGUCCUUCUUGGAGGGUGGUAAAGGGGGGGGUGGUGGGAGUUGGGGAAGACUUCUAAGAGGAAGUGGUCUAUAAUUUGAAAUCUGAAAAAUGAACAGAAGCUCGCCAGGACAAGCUGAGGCACAACAUGUACAAAGCCUGGAAUACCCCCCACUUCUCCCCAUAAGCUGAACUCUCUUUUGGGCCAAAGAACACCCUCCUUUCCAUGCCUCUCAGAGCCCCAAAGCCUACCACUUGCAACAGAAAAUUCUGGGGUUCCAGGGAGAUUCAAUGACUGGCCCAGAAUAAGAUCUCAUGGGCUUUCCUUAUGCCCUAUCAAGGCUUUGCUUUGUUCUUUGCCCUACUAUGUCCCUGAACACUUGCUCUGACCCUACCACGUCCUCUCUCAGUUCACAGGUGUUUACUCAGGAAGUCAGGACAUUGUUGGCCUUUGGCUUAACUGCCAGAUGCUCAGUCAGCUGGGAACCUGGAACAAUGGGUCAAGACUAAAAGGCAGCUGGCCAAGACCUCAGUCACCCUCCUGAGCUGGGCUGGAGAGUGUCAGGGAACAAGCAGGUUUGCUUUGUGGUUAGGAGAGGCCUGUAAGCCAGAGGAACUGACCAGGCCCCAUUCACGCUCUACCCAUUAAAGGGACCUGAGUCCAGAAGUCUUUCCCAUUUUGAACUUUCUGUCCUCACAGAUUCUCUUUUAUAGAAUUGGUAGGUUGUCAGGGAAUUCUUCUCUGCUUGAAAAAAGAGAGACAAAGUCCCUCUUUCUAAAAUAAGUAUUCCUCCUAUUUUAAACAGGUUUUUAAACAUCCUAUAUAAUAAAAGCCCAGCAACCAAAUGGCAGAAUGACUGGAACGACCAGGACAACUGCAGCCCCUCACUCCAGCCGGCCCCACCCCCAAUCGGCUCUCAUCGGCACCAGGCCUGUAAUAUAAAAAUACUGUUCUUACCCAGCCUGUGUGGCUCAGUGGUUGAGCAUCAACCUAUGAAUUAAGAAGUCACAGUUUGAUGCCCAGUUAGGGCAUAUGCCCAGGUUGCUGGCUCAAUCCCCAAUGUGGGGUGUAUAGGAGGCAGCCGAUCAAUAUUUCUCUUUCAUCAUUGAUGUUUCUAUCUUUCCCUCUCUCUUCCUCUCUGAAAUAAAUAAAAAUAUAUUUUAAAAAAAUAA